GUAGUGCUCUAGAUGGCUUCUUUUGGGUGGAAAAGAAAGAUUGGUGAGAAGGUUUCGAAAGCUACUUCUCAGCAGUUUGAAGCAGAGGCUGCGGAGGACAAGGAUCCGGCCGAUGAUGAUGAUGCAAACUGGGUGCAUGCCACCAAGAGAAGAAAGGAAAUUCUCGUGGGAGACUGUGUAAAGAAAAGUAAGGAGCUGAAGGAUGAAGGUGCAAGUUUGGCUGAAAGUAGGAGGUACCGAGAGGCUAUUCACAAGUGGGAUGAAGCACUUCAGUUAACUCCAGAGGAUGCUACGCUUUAUGAGAUGAAAUCGCAGGUGCUGAUGUCUUUACAUGAAAUGUUCCCAGCAGUGCAUGCAGCAGAAAUGGCUGUUCAGAGAAACCCACGUUCCUGGGAUGCCUGGCAGACUUUGGGACGUGCCCAGCUUGGAUUAGGAGAGAUAGCACUGGCGAUCCGAAGUUUCCAGGUAUCCUUACACAUCUUUCCAAUGAACCCUGAAGUAUGGAAAGAGGACCUUUCCUGGGCAAGAAAACUCCAUGAACAGCAGAAGGCAACAAGGACUGAGGCAGUGCAAGCACUGGCAAAAGAAAAAGAGCUUGCUCAAGAAUCAAUCCCAGACUAUGACUUUGAAAGUGAUGAAAUUGUAGCAGUCUGUGCUGCCAUUGCAGAGAAGGAGAAAGCUGUUUCAGCAGCUAAAACGGUGGUGAUUGUGUCUGCUUCAGGCACGGUAGAGACUGUUACUGAGAAGGAGAAUUGUCCUGCAACUCCUGAUGAAACCCUUUUCAUCAGAGCCCGAUAGGGCAAUGUUCUGGGUUGCCCGUACUGUUCUAAGAAUACUGUUAUUUAUUUUAUUGGGCUUGCUUUGUUUUUAAGCAAUGGGAGAGCCUACAAAAGUUAAAGAAUUGAAGUUACUUUU